AUGCAUACCGGCCAACGCGCUAGCGCACCAUCACAAGCGGACCCGACCACGGCUGAGCCCGUCACGCCCGAGCCGACCACGGCUGAGCCCGUGACGCCGCAGCCUACGACUCCUGAGCCCGUCACGCCCGAGCCGACCACGGCUGAGCCUGUGACGCCGCAGCCUACGACCGCGGAGCCCGUCACGCCCGAGCCGACCACGGCUGAGCCCGUGACGCCGCAGCCUACGACCGCGGAGCCCGUCACGCCCGAGCCGACCACAGCUGAGCCCGUGACGCCGCAGCCUACGACCGCGGAGCCCGUCACGCCCGAGCCGACGACGGCUGAGCCCGUCACGCCCGACCCGACCACGGCUGAGCCCGUCACGCCCGAGCCGACCACAGCUGAGCCCGUGACGCCGCAGCCUACGACCGCGGAGCCCGUCACGCCCGAGCCGACGACGGCUGAGCCCGUCACGCCCGAGCCGACCACGGCUGAGCCUGUGACGCCGCAGCCUACGACCGCGGAGCCCGUCACGCCCGAGCCGACCACGGCUGAGCCCGUCACGCCCGAGCCGACCACGGCUGAGCCCGUGACGCCGCAGCCUACGACUCCUGAGCCUGUGACGCCGCAGCCUACGACCGCGGAGCCCGUCACGCCCGAGCCGACCACGGCUGAGCCCGUGACGCCGCAGCCUACGACUGCGGAGCCCGUGACGCCCGACCCGACCACGGCUGAGCCUGUGACGCCGCAGCCUACGACCGCGGAGCCCGUCACGCCCGAGCCGACCACGGCUGAGCCCGUGACGCCGCAGCCUACGACUUCUGAGCCCGUCACGCCCGAGCCGACCACGGCUGACCCUGUGACGCCGCAGCCUACGACCGCGGAGCCCGUCACGCCCGAGCCGACCACGGCUGAGCCCGUGACGCCGCAGCCUACGACUCCUGAGCCCGUCACGCCCGACCCGACCACGGCUGAGCCCGUCACGCCCGAGCCGACCACGGCUGAGCCCGUGACGCCGCAGCCUACGACCGCGGAGCCCGUCACGCCCGAGCCGACCACGGCUGAGCCUGUGACGCCGCAGCCUACGACCCGUAUUAAUGCGCAGAUCUAUCUAUCGUCUUCUUAUGACCUUUAA